AUGGGACCGAAUGAUUCAAACUGGAAGGUGCCAUUCUACAAAAGGCUAGAGGAACUGCUGAAGAAGUUCGUUUCAUCAGUGAAUCAUGUUCAACUUGGCGUUAAUGAUGACACCAUGAGUUAUGAGCUGUACAAUGCUGUUCUAGAUGUCUUGGAGAAAGUAUGCAGAGAAAAACAACUUGAUUGUUCCACCGUUUUACAUCAAGCCACUCCCACGGGCAACUCGUUGCUUCAUGUUGCAGCUGAACAUGGGAGGGCGAGGAUCGCAGAGCUGCUUGUUGAUAAUAAUUUUUUGCUGAUUGCGACAAACAUUAGAAAAGACACAGCGCUUCAUGUUGCCACGAGGGCUAAGAAUAUUGGAGUGAUGAGGGUCAUCUUGUCCAAAUUUGAUGAUGCUAGCAGUAAGGAUAACUUUAUGAUGUUACCCAAUAAGUCUGGGAACAGAGCUCUGCACGAAGCUAUUCUGAGCAGGCAUCAUGAGGGGUUUGAUUUCCUUCUAAGUGAGCAAAGUGAAAGUACUUGGCCUUCCUAUUGGGACACCCACCCAGCAGACUCACCAAUAUACGUGGCAGUCCAAACUGGGGAUGUUGAAAUUCUUCGUCGUCUCUUGCAAAUUCCGUUUCCCAAAGACCGGGUCAUUUAUAAGAGUCAGGGAAACUCUCCACUUUUUGCCGCUAUAUCCGAAUGCAAUAUUGCUGCUUUGAAGGAGAUAGUAUUCAAGAAAGAAGAGUUGAUGUUCGUCACAGAUGAAAAUGGAAACACACCUCUUCAUUAUGCAGCAUUCACUGGUUAUGCGGAAUGAAGGUGCUCAUAAACUUCUGAAAAAAUCCACCCUCGUCGCCUUUCAACGAAACUCAAAAGGUAAUCUUCCGAUUCACGUUGCUUGCGGUAAGGGCCAUGUUCAGGUGGUUGAAGAAUUGCUACGUGUACAAGGGCCUUGUACAAGUUUUUGGCUCAAUAAUCAAGGUCGAAACAUUCUUCACAUUGCA